GAGGAUUUCAUUUAGUGUAAGAGAAGUGUGUAGGAGAGAUGAUUGUGGUGAAGAAUGGGGACUAGUCCCAAAGUUUCUAAUUGUCAGGACGAGCUAUGAAGAUCACUUUUCACUCAUCCACAUCAAGUUGGUAUGAAACCCUUUCUUCCAUAAUAAAGCUGUUCUCAGAGGACAUACACUACGGAGAUCUAGAGCAUCGGAUCUUUUGACAAACCUCCAAUGCAUGAAGGCUGACUGACUCGCAGACUGAAUUCACUGACUAAUCAGUAAAUAGAAAACUGUACACAAAGCUGGGUUUAAGGAACUAGGAGAGUCACAUGAUUGGCCAUGGUUGACUUUUACAUCGUUUGAGAAAUACCAUUAGUUUAUAUCAGAGUAUAGUUCUUCUGAAUCCAGCAUGAAAACACCAUGUUGACGUGGUUUGUUUUGGAGAAAAGUAAAACUUUUUACUAGGAGACGCGAGGAGAUGAGGAGAGAAGCGAAGGGAAGCUUAUAUGCUCGUACCGUAGGACAUACGGUGCUGGCACAUAUAGUAGCUGACAUGAAGGGCGAAGAUGGGGUCUAGACGAAGAAUUGUUGAAAGGGCAUGGUCCAGGUGGCAAUCAUACAAGCGAAUGCCCGAACAAUUAAGGACAGCAAAGCAUGAUAAGCAUGAUGGAAGCAGAAACUAGAAAUUACUGGCCGCUGUAAUUACACUUCUACAAAUCAGCAGCUGCUGUGGAUCUGAAGAGGUUAAGGAGCUGGAGGAGGAGCCAAUUAUAUGGUAAUGGAGGGACGGAUGUUGGGAUCCAUCCCAAAUUCAAUCAUCCGUGCAUUUAUGAUAAGAGUCACCUUGGGCAGACCAAGAGAUUUUGGAUUUGUAGCCUUGAAGAAGGAAGAAGAAGAAUCGACCCCAUCAUGAUGAUAAAUAUCCCCAAGUGUGUUUUGAGAAAUCCUCUCGAAGAUGCCUACAGUAAGAAUGAUGUGGGAGUCAAGAUAAUCUCCUUGACUUAAGGACCAAGGACAUUGCUUACUUCUUCCUUCUCCCUCCAUGGAAGCAAAAUCUUGGAAAUCUCAACAGGAAAUUGGAACCCUUCCCGAUGUGGCCUACUUAAGCAGAAGCUAUAUAAUGCACUGGGUUGUCAUUAACUUCACUUGUGUAACGUCUACCUGGACGUACAACCUCCCUUACCUCUGGCCGUCCCGUCAGGUCGACCUACAACGUUUAGCAAGCACAAUAUGUGACCUCCAAAGGCACUCCCUUGAAAGUUCUAGCAAGGACGAGAUGCAAGCGAUCCUGUCUCAUCUUUCAUUUUAUCGCGUGCGGUAGUGAAGAAGAAGAUAUUCCAUCCGCACUUUGUUAUUACAGGCCGUAUGGACUGUGUUGAGCCUUGGAGGGCAAGGGAAGUUUGUCCAUGUAGGCACUUCUAUAAUCUUUGCAUUAUAGAAGUGCACACUUCUGACUGAAAGCGGUUUUAAAAUGAGUGGGAUUGAUAGUGGAUGACGAAGGCAUGUGUUUUCUUGACCCGUUGAGAUCUUUCUCACCAUACUCAGUGGAUGUGAAAUUGGGUAAAAGUUGGAACUGUUUGGGUCAGGAAAUCACAGUUCUUAAUGUUGAAUAGAGCUUGUUUUUUUAAUUUAACAAAUCAUGCAUAGAUGAUAAGAAGUUAUCGAGAAUAUCAAGGUGUGGGAAAAGUGUAUCGGGUUUCGCGCCAACUGAUAACAGCUUGUUUCAUCUGUUAUUUAUAGUCAAAGAGGUGCCGAAAAGCUAUAGGUGUUGCAACUGCAGAAGGAUGGGCCGGAUUCUAGCAACCACAUACCAAAAUUGGUAGCGUGAGUUUGCAAAAGCCCUAGAAGUAAUUAUCAAAAGUAACUUUGGGUAGAUGGAAGCGGAAGGCCAGAAGAACAUACCAAGUGCGCAUUGAGAGGGAGACAAGAAGGUUCGGAGUAAAGGGCACAGUUAUCGGCGGAAAAGGUAUAUUGGGUCUGGCGAUGAAGCAAAAUUUCAGGAAGAAAAGACAUCAUACGCAGAGAACGGCUCACGGGGUAGGACAAGUAGUCACUCAAGAGAUUGGAAGGGGGGGAGGGAGUGAGAGAGAGAGAGAGAUUGACGAUCAGAUCCUUCGCUCGGAGUACAGCGUGACUACUUUAUGCCGAGGAAGAAAAAUCAUGUUGCCGAAAUUUGGCGGAAAGGAAAGCGAGAGAGGAGAGACACCUACAGAGAAGGGAAGUAAUGGCGGUGCGAGUCACAUGCAAUAUCAGAUGACGACAGCGGGGAGAGGAAGUGAGGUGAUGACUAAUGAUGAGUAGGCUUUGGGCUCGGCAAAACUUCUGGUAUGGUGAAGAAGAUGGAGGAAAUGGUUUUCAUGAACUGGCUGCUGUCGGAGGGAUUUUAGGAGAGCUUGCGAUGGCAAAGCAUGUUUUGGAGCUGGUCCUACGACGUAGCAUGCACCGUUGCUGCAAACUUGGCAGCAUGCGGCAGGUUUGAGGUAUUGCAUUAAUUGCAAGUACGAUGUCCGAAACAGUCGGUGCUGUCUUUCACGCUCCGCCAACCCAUGCUGAAAAGAGUGGUUGCGACAGAAGAUAAUCGAGUUCAGAGCCCAAUCUGAGACUAUGGCACGACAGUAGCGGACGAGCCUCUUCACACCAGAGUCCAGAGAAACUGGCCGAAUCAGGCAUGAAUAAGUAUGCAAUGAGGGGAAACCAAGCAAGCAUGGUCUGACUGUAAUGUGUGUCUUGACGCAGUUCAGGCAGAUGCAAGAGCGUCAGGUCGCAGGUCACAGGUGGUAGGACGAGGAGGAGCCUCUAGAACCAAGACCAAAUGCUUUGGAGAACCUCUUCAUCUCCCAGGAGGACAGACAGACGGGAGAAUGGAAUCUGCCGUCUGCUCUCAGGACCAAGUCUAGUCUACGAGUCGCGGCCGCGCUCGCCUUGCAAGCCUAUAAUGGCUCUACAAGGAGUUCCAGAAGUGGAUUGUACCGCUCAUCGCUAACCGCAGCGAGCAUUCCAUCUCCGUCAGGCAAAGUCCGCGCUCUGCCAUUACGCGGAAUUCUCUGUCAUGUGACUCACUUUUAGGUCUCUGUCACCAACGCGCAAUUCUCUGUCAAGUGAUUUCUGAAUCUGCAUCCAGUGCUGCCUGCCUGCCUGCCUGCGUGCCUCCUUCACAUUCUUCAAAUGGCUUGCUGCCCCGCCCAUCUCCAGUCUCUCUCUCUCUCUCUCUCUCUCUCCCUCUCUCUCGUUUGUGUGGAAGCGUGCCAUAUAUAAAGUGCUGUCUUUCUCACGUGGAGUCCACUCAGAAUUCAGGCGUGUACCAUCAGCGACCCUGUCGCUCGUCCUCUCAAAUGGAUUCGUCCCGUUUUAAUGUACCCGCGGCAUUGGCAGACCCUCUCCGAUCCCCACACAUGUGACCGCAAAUAGAACCUUGCUCCCAGGCACUCAACCUCUCCUCGCAUCGCAUACUUAAGAUUAUGCACCACAAUUCCCAUCAUAUCCUGGUCAGGCCGGAUGAAAUCGUACUUUCCUCCCAUGCCAUGCCAUCUCGCCCUUCGACCCGAAACCGUGUACUCCAGUCUGCUCAUCAUCCGCCUUCGCUGAAAUCAAUCUCUGCACCCUCUCGCCAGAAUCUCCUCUUCAAUCGGAACCUGAUCUAUUUCAGCCGGCGCAUUUACUUCGCUCCCUCAGAGGCUCCUUCCUUCUCGCGUUCCCGUUUCCAACUCUCAGGCUCUCCAACGUACCCCCAUGAUACCAUACCACUCACUACCCUCUCGGCGCUCUGCUCGGCAAGCUUUGCUGGUACCGUUACUACCGUUGGGUUGCAUGGCCCUCCGAAUCUACGAUGCGUCAUCCAUCUUGCCCCCAAGCGUGGCAUCUUCACUUCCCCUUCGCUUUUCUCGGCAUUGGUUUUUCGUAGCUCAACCGUACUCUGCCUCCCCAUUCAUCCGAUCCUGCCCAGAGGAUGCUGCCACCUCCAAAGACUCCACCACCACAUCCUCCAGGUUCCACAUAGUCCAGCCUCUAGGUGCCGCAGGUGGGCUGGGUUAAGGGGCUCAAAGUCGGCCAUGGAAAGGUUGCGGAUGACGUCCAGAGAUCGCUCCAGAUUGCCAGAAAUCGAGGGUGCAAAGACGGGCACCAAAGCCGAGCCGCGACUUGUCAUACCGAGCCAGAGUCGACCGCAUUAGCAUUAAUUACGUGAGGGCCAUAUACAUUUCCAUGUUUGAAUCGGGGAAGGAAUCGUGAAGACCGUAUUUAUGAACAGCUGAGCAGCAUCACUCAAAGCCCUGAGGAGAUAAACCCUGGGGACACACUCUCUGAGGCAGCUGGAGGGAAGGGACGGGGCGGCCUUUUCAACUUCUACGAGAGCAUCACAUUUAUUUGCGUAAUCAUGGAGAACAAACUCCCCAAAACCGUAUGUUUAUUUGUAUGUAAGACCCACAACUUCUUGUUGCACGUCCAUAAUUGCGUAUUCUUCUUCCCCAUACACCUUCUAUGCACCAUCUUCCCUUCAAUGUAAAUCAAUUCAGUGCAUGCGUAUUUAGGAUAGUAUUCUCUAUCUUCAAUGCUAAUGUUACCAUAAGAAACCAUCUUCGAAGACUUUUUGCAGUAAUUGCCAGCUUUUACUACUCUAAUGAGUAAUUAUAAACCUUCUUGUUUCCCUUGGUCCAACCUUCCCUUCCCUUCCGCUAAAUUAUAUCCCAUCGAAAACGAUGUAGAUGCGAUGCUACA